GAAAUGGUCCAGGCUGAAUUGGACUUAUUAAAGCCACUUGGAGACAGUGAAGUGACGCACAGAGAGGGGGGAGAGGGUGCAGAGACAAAAAGAAUCCGCACCACGGAGGCAGUACGUGUGCCCUCACUCUCUGACAUGUUUGAAGAGAUCCUCCAGGAAAACAACCCAGAUGUCAGGCAGACAACGAGUGCCACUGCUCAACAGCUGGACUCUUACUUGUCAGAAGUCCCCAUCCCCAGGAGUGACAAUCCUCUAACAUAUUGGAGGACCAAUCAAGGACGCUUUCCUGACUUAGCACAGAUGGCACGCAGGUACCUGGCUGCUCCAUGCACAAGCACUGAUAGUGAGAGGCUGUUUAGUGCUGCAUCACAUGUCCUUGAUGAGAAGAGGAACAGACUGACAUGUGAUAAAGCAGAGAAGCUUCUCUUCAUAAAGAAGAACCUGCCACUGUUCCUGUAGGAGUAGGCUAAGUAGACCUAUGGCUUGAUACAGGCACAGUUGUUUUGUUUUAAUGUUUUUGUCUGUAAAGCAAUUUGGGUUGUCUUGUCUCAGAUGUCAGUUUCUUUCUGAUGACAAAUCUGUUCUGGUCAGGGAUAUGUUAUGUACCUGUAAGUGUUUGAUGUUACAAGCACACUUGCUAUUUACCUCAGCCUUUACAUUAUUGUUUACAUUAUAGCCUACUGUUACUUAGUAGACUUGUGCCAAC